AUGGCAAUGAGAUCAGACAAAGAUCAAGUUUUAAAAAACUAUACUGAAUCAAAGAUCUUGGACAAUGGGAAAGAAACUGGAUGCGAGUGCUAUGGCUCAAUAAGUGAAGAACAGGACAAAGAGAAGGCUGGAAACAUGUCAGGACAUCAAAAUUCAUCUGAAUGCAAGAUUGGCCCUAAGAAUGAGGCCAUAAAAGACAACCGUGGUAGUCUAGACGAUCAUCCGGUUUUCUAUAUAGACAAGAAUGUAAUGGCUCGCGAAUUGCCUGAGAUCGUAGUUAGUAACUUCAAGGAUGUUACUUAUAAUGUCUUCAAGGAUGUAUGUCAGGAUGAGGGUAUGCCUAUGAUGCAGGAGAAGUUAUUAUCCAACGAGAAAGACUCUGUCAACAUCAACUCGAAACCUCAAGAAUCCAAAUCCUCAGAAGACAGCAAGUUUGAAGAAUGUGUUGGCAUUCAAGAUUCUAGUAAACUCAAUCAAGAAAAUGUGAUUGUGACAGAAAAAGAAGCUAAAGAUGAUUCAAAAGUGCCACCGUGGGAUGUAACAGCUACAUCAAGAAGUGUCUCUAAGGAAGCUAUAACCUUGCGAGAUAUUAUAUUAAUGGAGGAUUCCCAAAGACCACCCAACACAAACAACAUUAAUGGACCUGAAGAAAACGUAGACCGUGAAACAGAACAGGAGAAAAAAGAUGAACCAGUAGCAGAGAGCUUGAGAUAUCUUUCCUAUGAAAUGGCAGAAUCAGAGAAUCAACGACUAAACGAUGUGCUUGAGGACGCUUAUGAUUACCAUCUCUUCUCAAGCAACGGUAUUAAGGAAAGGAGUUUCUCUGAAGCAGAGUCAGGUUUAGCUCAUAUUACUUACUUUGGACCAAUCUCAGUCUCCGGAAGCAUCUCUGUUCGAUCUGAAGGAAGCACAGUCAGCGCAAGCUCCUUCGCUUUUCCAAUCUUGCAAUCGGAAUGGAACACUAGUCCUGAACGAAUGGUGAAAUCUGAUAAGACACAACUUCGAAAGGAGAAAGGAUGGAGACAAUACUCUCUUCUUCUCUGUUGUAGAUUCUGAUGGAGUACUCUGCCUUUCACAGAGGUUUUUUUUUUUUUUGAUAAACUUUUUGGUUCUAUUCAGUUUACAGAUCAUUGAAAAACACAGACGAGUGAUUUUCUUUUUUGUGUAUUUCAGUAAAUAAUUAUAUUGUAAGUUUCAAUAACUUCAUCGUGGGUUUGUAUGUUGUGUUCUCAGUUCUACUUGUUGCUUCUGACACAAGGUACAAAACCUAAAUACAUUUUG